CAAAUAACCAAAUGUAUCCAAUCGCAUGGGCUGUGGUUGAGAUAGAAAAUACCUCAUCUUGGACUUGGUUCUUGGAGUUGCUGCAUAAUGACUUGGAUGUUACUGCCCCAGAUGAGUGGACCUUCAUCAGUGAUCAACAGAAGGGCCUGGCUAAUGCAAUUACCAGAGUCUUCCCUAACUCUGAGCACAGGAACUGUGCACGCCAUAUUCAUGGUAAUUGGAGCAAAGCACAUCGAGGGAUGAAUCUGAAGAAGUUGUUUUGGCAGUGUGCGAAGUCAACAUGUGAACCUCAGUUGGAAGCUAAUUUAGCUGAGCUAGAUAAGGCUGAUGCUCAAGCAGGUAUUGACUUACGCAAACACCCA